CCGGGCCAGGAGCCGCGAGGGUCGCCGGAGCAGCCACAAGCGCCGUCGCCGCACCUACACCUCCAGCGCCGACAGCGGCAGCAGGAGCGAAAGCCCCGGCCGCGGCGCCAGCGAUGACAGUGAGUCCAGGAGUCGGAAGCGCCGGCGCACACGUGACCGCCGCAGGAGCCGUCGAGAGGACCGUCCACGUCACCACCGCAGCAACCGCAGCCGCAGCGGCAGUCCUAGGCGGGAGUCCCGCCGGCAUGGAGGGGGCAGCGGCCGAGCGGGGGAGCCCGCGGAUGACGCCGCCGCAGGGCGGCAGGCGGCAGCUCCGGUCAAUAGGCAGGUGCAAGUGCAGCCGAGGCCGCCGCUGCCGCCGCCGCCGCAGCAGCAGCACGCGCGGCAGGAGGAGGCGGGGAAGGAGCAGCGGGCGGCAGGCGGCAGUGGGAGGGUGUCAUCGGCCAGCAAGGGAGCUGUGGCGGGCGGCAGGGGUUCGGGACGCGGGGUUGGGGAGGGCGGUUAGGGUUGGCGGGCUGCUGGCAGUGGGCAUUGCUUGGGGUUGCUGUACAUUUGUGAAUAGGAGUCGCAGGGUGUAUGGUAAAGAGGUGGCAGCGUCUGUGAUGGGUGAGGAUGGCUUAAGGACUGUUUGCAGUCUUGAGCUGUUGCGGGUGAUGCAUGUAUGUGGAUUGGUGGAUGAUGUUGGCGCAGGUGGGAAUUACCAAUCGCAUUGCUUUCGACAUCCGACUUCUGCAUUUGGUCCGCUUGUAUGUGCGGCUUGUAGGCACGUGCAAGAACGGCAAGGAAGGGUGCCUAGCUAUGGGCGAACGGACUCUCCCUUCUAUAGUGAUGCAUCGCGCGUGUGUACCGUCGAACACUCCUUAGUUGCAUGUCACGGUGUUCGCCGGAACAGCUACUGAUGCGGCUAGGUGAGGUGAUACCUACGAUAGGAUGUCAACAAGGGACGAUGCGUGCGCGUGCACGGCAAACUGCGGCAAAGUCUUCACACCAGGACCUGCGUUACGUAUAUAAUAAACAGCUGUCUACCGGUACUAUUAGUUGGCGCGGGCCUCCUCCCUUCCGCAAGCGUUGGGUGUUGCGUUUUACUGCGUGGUUGAUCCUUCUCCCUUUGCUAAUUGUAGUAUUUUCCUACUUAACAUUAUAGGCAUCUGGCAACACGUUGCCAGAAGCCCUUCUCAUGCUGUCAUUGUUAUAGUCAUGUUACCGUACCGUGCCUGGUGGCCGCCUCCGUUCCCUGUGGAUAAGCGCUAAACAGGACAUGCGAUUUGCGUAUGAUGCGGAGUGGCUACGGCUGGCUUCGCUUCAUACACGCGGCCUUUAUGUAAGUCUAGCCUCUACCCGCAAACAACCGAUUCCUUGGGACCAUUCGAAGCAUGACUAUAACUGCUAAACUAGUAUGGAUAACUUUAGGACUUCACUAUAGUUCAGUGCUAGGUACGUGUGGCUAGUGCGUUAAUACCAGUCCACUUCUUGGCUUCCACCACGAGAGGAAGUUUGUUACCGUAUGGGAGCAGGGCAUCAACAGGAUGGCAUCCAAGACAGAUGGAGCUACUGCGAACCGGACCGUCAGGGCUACAACAGACCGCUGCAUCGCAUUCAGACGCACGCUGACGGACAGGCUGGUUGAACGAGGGGCUAUGGCGUUGAAAUGUGCAACCGAUUCCAACGCAAGGAAAAUCGUUUCUACCAUGCUCAGUCCGCACAAUGCGGAGCAUCUGCUGCAGCUUCUUCCAGCCGAUUCCGCUGGAAGCAUCCUGGAGAGCUAUGCGGUGCAGCUAUGUGACUCCCAAGGCCGAAGCUUUCCAGCAACACUUGAGGGUCAAGCGUUUAAGGGGCGCCACCGUGUAUGGACGCUGCGAAACCUGCAUAGUUGGAUGCAAGAGCACGGCGCCCAAAGCGGCACUGUCACGGAGCUGCGGCAGGAGCCCGACGGCCGCUUCGUCCUGGAGGUGGUGCAACAGCUGGGGGACUUGCUGGCGCCCCGCGGCUCGGCAGGCAGCGGCGACAGGCUGCACCAGCCUGCAGCUGCCCGCGGCUCCACCCAUGGAGACGGCCGUGGACUCCAGGCGGACAACGGCGACAGCAGGAGCGCCUACCCGAGCGAUAGCGAUGGCGAGGGGGAUGAUGAGGGCAGCAGUGAGGAGGGAGACGGCGAGGGAGCCAACCCCAACCAGCCGUCAUACAACAAGCGCUUCGGACGGCACCUGGUAGCAUCCGACACCACCGGGCUCACGCUUACAAUCGACAUGUACUGCAGGCAGGGCGUGUUCGCGGGUGUGGCGAAGCUGGGGGACAAAGUGCGGCUGGAGGUAUCACAUGGAGGCGUUUCCUGGCAGGUGGAGUUCGUGAGUCGCAAGGCGAGCAGGAGCGCGCCGCGACUCAACGGCAUGGGCCCAGUCUACCGCGCGCUCAAAGCCAAAGCUGGCGACGUCAUCCUCUUCGCACCUGUCGGGGGCAGCGGCACCUCUUUCAGCAUAGACGUGCUGCGGGUCCCGGGCGGUGAGCCUGAGCCGCAAGGCAGCACACAGCCUGACAGCCAGCAGCGGCAGCAGCAGUCGCAGCAGCAGCAACGACGCCCGACGGCGGCGGAACUAUCGGCAGCAGCAGCUUUAACAGCCAAUCGCGGCCGUAGCAACAACCCAGGCGCAGAAUCCAGACCGCAGCAGCCGCCGCCUUUGCAACAAGCAGCAGCUGCCGCAGCAGCAGCACCCGGGGCCAGGCAGUGCGGGUUGGCAAUCGUCAAGGAAGAGCCGCGGGAGGACAUCGCCGGCGGCGGUACGAGGAUCAGCAGCGACGUUGCUAGCCUCCGCCGCCCAGAACCCACACCUGCCCAUGCACAUGCGCAUGCACAUGCCGGGCCGUCUGCGCCGGAUCCAGGGGCUGGUGGUCUCGGAGGCUCGUCACCCCGACCCCGUACGGCCCGUGGGUCGUCGUACGGCGGAUGGCGACCCGUGGGCAAGGGCCGAAUACCCGCUGGGGAGACCACCACAACUGCCGCCUGCAGCACUGGGGUUGCAGGGGGAGGAGCAGGAGACGCGCCCGCCGCAGCCGUCGCCGGCGCUGCCUUUGUCGAAAGGAUGGUGAAAAUGGAGGUCUCGGAGCCCCCUCAGCCCGCCGCGGGCACCGCAGCAGCACAAGCAGCCGCGGCAUCAACCGCGGCCGCCCCUUCAGCCGUCGCACCCGCCGCGCCCGCACCUCCCAGCUGCUCCCUGCGCCCCGCCGCCUGCAUCACCCACCUGCAUGGCCGCCUGCCGAGUGCAGCCGCUCGGCCGGCGGUGUGGCCGGACGAGCUGCAGCUGUGCGGGCUGGUGUUCCAUCCGGAGUUGCGACCGGUGGUGGAGGCGCGCAUGGAGGCCUGGCUGGCGGGUCUGGGCUGCUCGUUGUCCCGAGCGGAUGCCGCCAUGCGGCAGAUGCACAUCGUGGGCGUGGAGGAUGCGCCCGCGGCUGCUGCUGGGGGUGCUGGGGGUGCAGCUGCGACAGCCUCGCAAGACGGUUCGUGGGCAUCCUUCCCUUGGGCCGGGGUGUUUCGGCGCUUCCAGCUGAGUCGACACCUGGUGUGCACCCGCCUGGCACGACUGCUUGGUCUUGCGGGGGAGGCGGGCAGCUGCGACGCGCCGCUGCCCGCGGAGGCGCCCUGGCUGGACGGCUUGGAGGCGUGCGAGGAGCCGCUGCGGGGUGGCGCGGGGCUGCGGACCUGCAAGCAGAUCAAGAAGAAUGCGGUGCUGGGCGUGCUGGGCGGCUACGUGCUGCCCGCGGAGGGGCGAGUGGAGCACUUGUCGUACAAUGGGUGUUGCGGGGCGGCGCGAGGUCAGCUGCUUCGGCGCAUGGGCGCGUUGGAGAGGACGGAGGCGGCGCACUCGGCCUGGGACUUCCUGACGUACGCAUUCCAGCUGCCGUACGUUUGGUCGCCCUCGUCAGGAGCAGCGGCGGCGGCAGCGGCAGCGGCGGGGGAGCAGCACCAGCUGGGGCAGGGGCAGGGGCAGCCGCCUGCGCUAAUCUGCAUGCUGGGUUAUGGCGGCCUGGGGGCGUUGGUGAACGACCCACGGGUCGAUCCGCGCGCAUGGGUUCCCAACAACGACGUGGAGGACAGUCGCAUUGAGGAGAAGAUCAACUGCUUGGUUCUUCCCAUCUCGGUUCGCGGUCUGGUUCUGCCGGUGCUGGUCGCCACCCGCGACAUCGCUCCCGGGGAGCAGCUGCUGCGCGACUACGGAGCCGACUGGUGGCGGGAGCUGGCGCCGGUGUGGGAGGUCCUGGAAGACGACGGCAUCACGGCCGACCUGCUGCCCAAGCUUCUUCACGGAGGGGAGGAGGACAAAGACGGAGGCGGCGGUGCAGUGGGGCACUCCGCGGCGCCCUCCCUCGCGGACCCGCCCUCCUCCCAGGCAGCAGCGCCCGCGGCUUCUGAAGUGCACGCAGCCGUGCAAGGCGCCUCCAACCUUGCAUGCGGCAAUGGGGGAGCUGGCGGCGGUGGGGGUGGGGGUGAGGGGACCGGUGCUCGCAUGGCAGGGGGUGCUGCCUCUCAGCGGGGUACUGGAGCUGUGCUUGAAGGUGGAGGUGGAGGUGGGGGUGUCGGUUCAUCUUCCUGCACUGCGGGUGCUGUGCCUGGUAGCAGCGCCGGGGAGGGGUCGCGUGGGAAGCGCAGAAGAGACGGAGAGAAGGGUGAGGAGGAGGAGGCGGAGCGAGGGCGAGGAGGAGGGGAGCGGGGGCGAAAGCGAGAUCGGGAUCGCGGCAGGGAGGAGGAAGCGGAGCGGGAGCGGCGGCGGGAGCGCAGACAUCAGCGUGACAUGGGUGCAGAUCCGCAGCGGGAGCGGGAACGGGAACGGGAGCGGGAACGGGAGCGGGAACGGGAGCGGGAACGGGAACGGGAAUGGGAUCGAGCAGCCCGGGGGCAUCGAGAUGUGGAGCGGGGAAGCCGACAGUGGGGGCAUGAGGAUCGCGACCGGGACCCAAGCCGCGACCUGCCUCCUGAUUGGCAGCGGGAACAGGAACGCGGAGGGGGUGCUCGCGGCGGCCGAGGCGACUGGGAUCGAGGAGACCGCAACCGCGAUUGGGACCGGGACCCCCGACCCAGAGACUGGGACCGGGGCAUACGAGAUGCUGGGAGUUCGGGGGCUGCCGAGCGGGGCUGGGAGCGGGGCCCGCCACCGCGGGGUGGUUGGCUUCCUGGCUGGUCUCAGCAGCGGCAGCAGCCGCAGCAGCGGGGGGAGGAGGAGGAGCGGGAGCGGGAGGAGCAGCGACGACGGCGGAGAGAGGAGGAGGACUCGCAGCGAUGGCAGGGCGGCGGGCCGCCCUAUACCGCCACUGAGCCGCAGCGACCCCUCCUCUGCGACCCCUGGCGUGCUGGUGCUGGUGCUGGUGCUGGUGCUGGUGCUGGUGCUGGUGCUGGUGCUGGUGCUGGUGCUGGUGCUGGUGCUGGUGCUGGUGCUGGUGGGUUUGUGUCGCCCGGGCGCCUCAUGCGUCCUCUGCGAGCUGACGACCGGGUUGCCGUCUCCGGGUCAAGCUCGGGCGCUGAAGCGGCAGCAGCAGCGGCGGCGGCAAGCAACGGUGGCGGUGGUCGGCUUGCAGACGUGCGGACUUGGGAGACGUUUGUGCCGUACAAGAGGACGACGCAUGCGCAUGCGCCGUACGGUUAGGGCCUGUUACCCACCCCCGCCGGACUGUGGCUUCGUUGCCCCGGGUUGUAAUGUUGAAGGGCCACCAUGUUGGCUGGUGAUGGCUGUGGGGGGUGGGUUUCGGCUGGAUGCCGUGUUGGAAGAUUUGAAGAUUGUAGUCAUGCGGAAUGUGAAAGAUAAUGCUGUGCAGUUUACCAUCCCCUUGCCCUCGGCUGAGGUAGGGGCUGAAGAUGCUGUCUGCAUGGCUGCUUUGCAUGUUGCAAGAAAAGUAAUAAGAGUCACAACAACUUGAGUGUGUGAGCCCUCAACUCGUCUGUGGAAAACCUACAUGGUUGUUUGUUGGUGUUGACGGUUGAUACGCACCGGUAGUUAGUACGAGCGGCCGGCUGCCGGUAGUCCGAUGCGUUACCAUGGUAUUACUAAGGCUGUGGGAGGUAGGCACCUCCUCUCUGGAACGUGUGACUGAAUACAGAUCACAUGCAUCGUUGCUGCGUUUGUUGGGUAACGGUUUUACAUGGGUGCCUGCCGCGCUCCUACUGAACACCGUUGCUACGAAGAAGUUCGGUUGCCGGAGCGGUUUUGCAUCAGGCAUCAUAAGCAUUGGCUCCAACCAACGGCAUUGACCUGUGACCAACGGCUGACUUUCUCAUGUUGCAUGCACACUUUGUAUGAUGUCAUUAAAGUUACGAUUUGGGCUGCGUUGCGCAUUGGCUGUUUCUCACACCCCAGGCAAGUGACCCAUGGUUCAGCUGGUGGCUCAUUUCCACUGUCGGCGACGUUCUCCGCUGCUGGUGCGACGUUGCAAGCCUGCAUGCUGAUGUGACUAGUAAGGCCGGCCUGCAUGCUGAUGUGAUGAAGAUUGUUAUCCGGUGUGGGCCAGCGCUGGGCUGCCAAGGCCUGCAAUUAUGACUUUGCGGCUUCGCCUGCUAUGCGCGUUUGAACAGGCCGCACCCGCUUCGCUCCUACUGUGCCGGCUACCGGUCAAACCUUGGGCUUAUACGCGCUGGCUUUGAAUCAUGUGCAUCUCUCCAAGUCUGCAUAUCUGUACGCCUGGAACGCUCUCGGCAACUUUGCUGACGGCUGGCCAGCGGCGUUGGGCGCACGCGCCUUCCUAGGCAGGCCUUCCGCGUUGGCGCUUCUGUUGCUGUUAUCUGGAACGCACACGCAAGCACCGCUCGUACAAAAAGCUAUUAUGUCAGGGAGCAGGUCAGUUAGUCAUUCGAACGUUAUGUAUAUGACUGGGGUGUCCAUUGCAAUUGCCAACCACAGCAGCUAUCACUGUGCUCCUCUUCUUCAACUGCUGCUCUCAACACCGACACAAGUCGUGCUGUGGUAACUGUUAGAGGCUUACAGAGGAGGCAUACUAUUGCGAUCCAAGAUGGACGAACCGCGCCCUUCAACCAG